UAUAGAUUAGGGUUUAGUAAAACCUAGAUAGCCAUUUGUGUUGCCGGAAUCAAACUUCAUUUUUGCGGAAGCUAUGGGAAAGAAAGAGAAGAUAACUAGAAAGGACGGCAGCGGGCCGGAGAUAGGUAUCGGAGAAGAAAACGUUGCCGAGAAAGAUAUGACAAAUUUUGCUUCUGAGGAAGCUGUGGAAAAGAAAAGGAAGCGCAAUAGAAAGCGAAAAAUUGUCUCCGACCCAGAAGAAGAGCCUGCCGGUGAAGAGAAUCAUGGAGAGGAGAACAUCGAAGAAGAUAAUGGAGUUGAGAGGGCGGAGGAAGAAGAAAAAGAGAAGGAGAAGAAGGUCUGGAGCGGGAUAAUGACCACUGAAUCUUUUGGGUCUCUGGGACUGUCCGAACCAACAUUCAAGGCUAUCAAGGAGAUGGGUUUUCAGCACAUGACCCAGAUUCAAGCCAGAUCAAUCCCACCACUUAUGAUUGGCAAAGAUGUUCUUGGGGCUGCAAGGACAGGUUCUGGUAAAACUCUUGCUUUCCUUAUCCCAGCUGUGGAGUUGUUGUAUAAUGUUCGCUUUGCUCCUCGCAAUGGAACGGGUGUUGUUGUCAUUUGUCCUACAAGGGAGCUCGCCAUUCAGACUCAUGCUGUGGCAAAGGAUCUUCUCAAGUACCAUUCCCAGACUCUUGGCUUGGUUAUUGGUGGUUCAGCUAGAAGAGGAGAAGCAGAGCGAAUUGUGAAGGGAGUAAAUUUAUUAAUAGCAACCCCUGGUCGACUGCUUGAUCAUCUUCAAAAUACCAAAGGCUUCAUAUACAAAAACCUGAAGUGCCUUAUGAUUGAUGAAGCAGACCGGAUAUUGGAAGCAAAUUUUGAGGAUGAAAUGAGGCAAAUUAUUAAGCUUCUACCGAAGAAUAGGCAAACUGCUCUUUUUUCAGCCACACAGACCAAGAAGGUUGAGGACCUUGCGCGUCUAUCAUUUCAGACAACUCCUAUUUAUAUUGAUGUGGAUGAUGGGAGAAGGAAGGUGACCAAUGAAGGGCUGCAGCAAGGCUAUUGUGUUGUGCCCAGUUCCCAGAGAUUUAUCCUUCUAUAUUCUUUUUUGAAGAGGAAUCAGUCAAAGAAAAUUAUGGUCUUUUUCUCUUCCUGCAACUCAGUCAAAUUCCAUGCAGAACUUCUUCGAUAUAUUCAGAUUGAUUGCUUGGAUAUUCACGGAAAGCAGAAGCAGCAGAAGCGUACAACUACAUUCUUUGAUUUUUGCAAAGCAGAAAAAGGCAUAUUGCUUUCAGUAGGUGUAUUGAUAUUUAACACAGAAGAAGAUUGGAUUGUGCAGUUCGAUCCUCCAGAUGAACCCAAGGAAUAUAUUCAUAGGGUUGGUCGAACAGCACGUGGAGAAGGUGCUAGGGGAAAUGCUUUGCUUGUCCUGAUUCCAGAAGAAAUGGGAUUUGUUAAGUAUCUAAAGGACGCAAAAGUUCCUGUUAAGGAGUACGAAUUUAAUGAGAAGAAGCUAGCAAAUGUGCAGUCUCACCUGGAGAAGUUGGUUGCCAACAACUACUAUCUGAAUAAGUCAGCUAAAGAUGCAUAUCGCUCCUAUAUUUUAGCUUAUAAUUCACAUUCCAUGAAAGACAUCUUCAAUGUGCACCGCCUGGAUCUACAGGCAGUUGCUGCUUCCUUCUGCUUUUCUAGUCCACCAAAGGUGAACCUGAACAUUGACAGCAAUGCAUCCAAGCACAGAAAGAAAAGGCAAAAAGUGGAAGGAACCCGAAACGGUUUCAGUGAAAGCAACCCUUAUGGGAGGCAGAAGGGUGAAGAUGAUAACCGGCAAUUUGUAAGGUAUUAGUGGCAGGCAGCAGCAGUAGCCGCAGCGUUGGUGAAGUCAAUCAACAUGUAUGCCUAGAAUUUUUUUUCUUCUUCCAAUUUUGUUUUCCUAAACUGACAGCUGUACUACAAAGUUAUCAUAUAGAGACUAAUGUAAGUGCCAAAAAAUUUUGUAACUUAUAUACAUGGUGUUAAUUACUGAAGAUUUUUGCGAUUGUUAAUUAUUAAAGUUGAUGUUAAUAAACCAUUAUUUCUCUG